AUAAAAGGUCUGUCCAUCCUUGUUGUCUCUUACAGUACAUCCCCAAAUGAUGAGGGUCCUUGUGCUUGCCCUGGCUAUAGCCUUUGUGGCUGGUCAGCAUGUGAACCUUGCUCCUGAGUUUUCUCCCUCUAAGACCUACGUGUACAGAUAUGAGGCUCUGCUUCUUGGUGGACUUCCUGUGGAAGGUCUGGCCAAAGCAGGACUAAAAGUCAGCAGCAAGGUUCUCAUCAGCGCUGAGGCUCAGAACACCUACUUGCUGAAGCUUGCAGAUCCUGAGAUCUUAGAGUACAGUGGUGUCUGGCCAAAGGACCCCUUCGUCCCAGCCACCAAGCUCACCUCAGCACUGGCUUCUCAGCUUCUGAUUCCCAUCAAGUUUGAGUAUGCUAAUGGUGUGGUUGGCAAGGUGUUUGCCCCCACUGAAGUCUCCGCCACAGUUCUGAACAUUCACAGAGGUAUCCUCAACAUUCUUCAGCUCAACCUCAAGAAGACCCAGAAUGUUUAUGAACUGCAAGAGGCUGGAGCCCAGGGAGUGUGCAAGACCCACUAUGUCAUCAGUGAGGAUGUCAAGGCAGAGCGCAUUCUUGUCACCAAGUCCAAGGAUCUCACCAACUGCCAAGAGAGGAUCAUCAAGGAUUUGGGCCUGGCUUACUUGGAAACCUGUGCUGAAUGCCAGCUGAAAUCAAAGAGCCUGACUGGAGUCGCAACCUACAGCUACAUCAUGAAACCAACCCCCACUGGUGCUCUGCUCACUGAAGCCACAGUGAGGGAACUCCAUCAGGUCACACCUGUUGCUGAGAUGGAUGAAGCUGCCCAAAUGGAAGCCAAACAAAGCCUGACCUUCCUGGAGGUUGAGAGGGCUCCAAUUGUACAGGCUAGUGCUGAAUAUGUGGCACGUGGUUCACUGCAGUAUGAGUUUGCAACUGAAAUCCUUCAGACUCCUAUUCAGCUUAUCAAAAUUACUAACCCAGUGACUCAGGUAGGGCUUCAGGUUGACAGCAUUGUCCCUCCGAUCAUAACUUUUGAAAAUAUUCUUCUCUAUAAAGUUUUUUAUUUAUUUAUUUACAUUUGUCCUCAGGCAGUGGAUAUUCUGCAUCAUCUGGUUGCAACUAAUGUGGCUAAGGUCCAUGAUGAUGCACCUCUGAAGUUUAUCCAGCUGAUCCAGGUCUUACGUGUUGCCACCUUGGAGAACCUUGAGGCCAUCUGGGCUCAGUUUAAGGCCAGACCAGAAUACAGGCGCUUUAUCUUGGAUGCCAUUCCUGUUGUUGGAACACCAGCUGCUGUGAAGUUCAUCAAAGAGAAGUUCUUGGCUGAAGACAUCAGCGUUUCUGAAACUGUUCAGAUUCUUUUGGCUGCUGUACACAUGGUUCCUUCUGAUCGGGAGAUCAUCAGACUCAUCUCUUCCCUGGCCCUCAAUCACAAAGUUCAGGCAAACCCUGUUCUGCGUGAGAUAGCUAUGCUGGGAUAUGGUACCAUGAUUGCCAAGUACUGUGCUGCCGUUCCUUCUUGCCCCGCUGAACUCCUGAAGCCCAUCCACGAGCGUACAGCUGAGGCUAUUGCUAAAGCUGAUGUUAAUGAAAUCACCCUGCUGGUCAAAGUUCUGGGUAAUGCUGGUCAUCCUUCCAGUCUUAAACCAAUCAUGAAGAUCCUCCCUGGAUUUGGCUCCACAGCUGCUGCCCUCCCGGUCAGAGUUCAGACUGAUGUUAUCUUGGCCCUGAGGAACAUCGCUAAGAGGGCGCCUAUGUUGGUGCAACCAGUGGCCCUUCAGCUGUUCAUGGACAAGGCCCUUCACUCCGAGCUGAGGAUGGUGGCCUGCAUCGUGUUGUUUGAGACUAAACCCGCUGUGGCUUUGGUGUCCACUCUCGCCAAUGUGCUGAAGAAGGAGACCAACAUGCAGCUAGUCAGCUUUGCCUACUCCCACAUGAAGUCUCUGUCCAGGAGUACUGCCCCAGACCUGGUCACUGUUGGUGCUGCCAGUAAUGUUGCCAUGAAGAUCCUGAGCUCCAAGCUGGACAGACUGAACUAUCGCUACAGCAAAGCCAUCCACAUUGAUCUUCUGACGCCUGGUGCUACUGGUAGUGCUUACAUCAUCAACGAUGGUGCCACCAUUCUGCCCACAGCUGUUGUGGCUAAAGUCCGUGCCUAUCUUGCUGGAACUGCAGCUGAUGUUCUUGAGGUUGGUGUGAGGACCGAAGGGAUCCAGGAAGCCAUCAUGAAGUCCCCAGCUCUGGCUGAGAAAACUGACAGGUUGACCAAGAUGAAACAAGUCUUGAGGGCUCUGAAAAAAUGGAGAGUUCUUCCCCAGAGCCAGCCUUUGGCCUCUAUGUACGUCAAGUUCAUGGGACAAGAAAUUGCAUUCGCCAACAUUGAUAAAGACUUAGUUAACAAGGCAAUUGAGCUUGCCAUUAGUCCUGCUGCCAAGACCAUGCUGAAGGACUCCCUGAAGGCACUGCAGACUGGCAUUACCGCUCAGGCCGCUAAACCUCUUCUGGCUGCUGAGAUACGCCGCAUCUUCCCCACUGCUGUUGGUGUGCCAAUGGAGCUCAGUCUCUACUCUGCUGCUGUUGCCGCUGCUUCCAUUAAACUUCAAGCAGUCAUGAACCCACCUCUUUCUGAACCUCUCAGUGCUGCUGAGCUGUUGAAAGCAAACAUUAAGUUAGAAGCCGAGACUACUCCAAGCAUCUCCAUGCACACCUUUGCUGUGAUGGGAGUCAACGCUGCCUUCUUUCAGGCUGCUGUCAUGGCCAGAGCCAAGACUGUCACUGUGCUGCCUGCUAAGCUUUCUGCAAGAGCGGAUGUUCCAAAACUGAACUUUAAGAUUGAGGCUCUCCCUGUUGAGACACCCGAGCACAUUGCUAAAAUCCGCUUUGAGACCCUUGCCAUCUCCAGAAACAUUGAAGACCUCACAAAUGAGAGAAUCACACCCAUAGUCCCUGUAAUUGUUGCAACUGAGCAGCUGUCCAAGGAAAGGUUUACCUCCCGGCUGUCAGCCUCACUUGCUAGUAGCAUGGCCCGAUCCUCUGAGGCGAUUUAUUCUGAUCUGUCAUCUGAAGUUGCUCCUCAGCUGAGAGCAGGUACACCAAUCCAGAAGACCACCUGCAUUCCAGCCCCUCUCCUGGGAAUAAAGGGAUGCUUUGAGCUCACCUUGAGCAAUGCCGCUUUCAACAAGAACGCACCCCUGAUCAACAUGAUUGGACAGCAUGCAGUCAAUGUUGCAGUGAGACCCGCUGAUGGCCCAGCCAUUGAGAGACUAGAAGUCGAGGUCCAGAUCGGACCCAAAGCCGCAGACAAGCUCCUGAAAGACCUGCCCACACUGCAAGACGUUCCUGAGGGCAAGAACAUAUUGCUGAAGCUGAGGAAAAUUUUGGAAACUGGCAUGAGAAACAGCUCCUCCAGCUCCAGCAGCUCCUCCAGCAGACUGAGCUCCUCCAGCCGCGCCAGCCUCAAGUCCUCCAGCUCCAUGUCCUCCAGCAGCUCCAGCGCCCGCUCCGUCAGGCGCUCAUCCCAGGAACCAAUGCACAAGUUCACCAAGAACCACAUCCACCUGCACAGAACCAGCACUGAUGUGAGCAGAAGUAGUGCAUCCAGCUUUGAGGCCAUUUACAAGCAGAAUGAGUUCCUUGGAAACGCCAUCGCUCCUGUUGGGGCAGUCAUCUUCCGCGCUGUGAGAGCUGACCAGAAGCUGCUGGGAUACCAGGCUGCUGCCUAUCUUGACAAGACCAACUUCAGACUGCAGACCAUCAUCUCUGCUCUGGCUGAGACUGACAAGUGGAGGAUCUGUGCCGACAGCAUUGUGCUUAGCAAGCACAAAGUCAUGGCUAAGAUUGCUUGGGGAGCAGACUGCCAGGAAUAUGCCACCAUUUUGAAGGCUGAGACUGGAGUAGUUGGCUUAAGUCCUGCUGCCCAUCUCGAAAUGGAAUGGGUGAAACUCCCUGCCAGUGUUUUUGUCAUUGCAAAGAGUGUGGCUGAAUACAUCCCCCAGGCCGCCUUUUUGGGUGGAAUCUCAGUAGCCAAUGAGAAGAACACUGACAAAGACGUUGAACUGACCAUUUCUGUCCCCACUGCGAAGACCCUGAAUAUCAUUCUGAAGACACCCAAGAUGACCCUGUCCAAGGCUGUGCCUUUGCCCAUUGCCCUGCCACUCGCAAAAGAAUAUGUUGACCGCCUAUUUCCAGAGGAAGAUAUAACUGAACAUUUCAAAAACCUUAUUGCUGAAGGCACCUCUGCUCAGUGUAGCAUGAUCCGUGACACACUGACCACAUUCAACAACAGGAAGUACAAGAAUGAGAUGCCACUCUCCUGCUACCAAGUGCUGGCUCAGGACUGCACUCCAGAGCUUAAGUUCAUUGUUCUCAUGAAGAAAGAUCAGAUCUCUGAACAGAAGGACCUCAGUGUGAAGGUGUCUGACAUCGAUAUUGACCUGUACACCAUGGGCAAUAACAUGCUUGUAAAGGUUAAUGGAUUAGAGGUUCCACUCUCCAACCUUCCCUACCAACAUCCAACAGAAUCCAUCCUAAUUAAACAGAGAGGUGAGGGUCUGUCCCUUUAUGCUCCAAGCCUGGGUCUGCAGGAGGUUUACCUUGGCAAGGACAUAUGGAAGGUCAAUGUUGCAGACUGGAUGAAGGGCCAGACUUGUGGUGUUUGUGGUAAAGCUGACGGAGAGACCAGACAGGAGUACUCCACACCCAGCGGCUACCAGACCAAGAGCUCCGUCAGCUUCGCCCACUCCUGGGUGCUUCCCGCUGAGAGCUGCCGCGACAGCACUCAAUGCCACAUGAAGCUUGAAUCUGUCAAGCUGGAGAAGCAGCCGAUUGUGGAUGGCCAGGAGUCUAAAUGCUACUCUGUGGAGCCAGUGCUGCGUUGUCUGCCUGGUUGCCUCCCCGUGAGAACCAUGCCCGUCACCAUUGGAUUCCACUGUCUGCCCACCCAUUCCAGCUCUGUGGAUCUGAGCAACAUCUCUGAGAAGAGUGUGGACCUGAGGGAGACUGCAGAGGCACAUAUGGCCUGCCAGUGCAAUGCAGAAUGUGCAUAGAAAAAUCACUAUUAUGAUGUCCAACAUUUGUUUUGAGGUGUAAGCAUUAACUUCAUUAAAAUUCUCUUUUGCGCUA